UCUCUCUCUCUCUCUCUCCGCGAACCUUUUCGUCGUCUCCUCUUUUUGAUCUCAUUUUGGUCUCCAAAUUGUUAUUAUUAGGGUUUCUUCUCUCUUUGAUUGCGGUCGUGUCGGAGAGAUUGCGACCCUAAGAACCAUCGAUUAAGGGUCGGAUCUCAGCGUAGGGGGGUGUUCGGAGGGGCAUCGGCAAUGGCGGAUUUCCGGGAGAACGACGCCGAUCUGGAAUUCCGGCGUGGCCUGGAGGAGCUCGUUCGUGGCCACCUCGACGGGUGCAUGACCGCCGCAGCCGCGCUUUCGUCCUCGUCCUGCGCUGGCGGUGGCGGUGGAGAGGAGGACGACGAAGGAGGUGCGGCCUCCGAAGCGGCGGCCGACCAGCUCGCCCGCAGGCGCCGUAGGUCUGACCUCGAGGGCGACGACCUUGCUGAGUCGUCCGCCGCGGCGCGUCGGCAUUCGCGGGUUUUUAGCCGCUGGGUCGCGCGCCAGGCGGAGGACAUGAUCAACACCAUCGAGCGGCGGAACCGCGAGUCGGAGCUCAUGGCCCUCGCCGGCCUCCACACGGUGUCCAUGCUCGAUCCUUCUUUCCUUAGGGAGUCGCCCAGGUCGCCGUCGGCAAUGGCGGAGAGGCCGGUGGCUGCCCACGCGUCAUCGAUCCUGCAGAUGUGGCGGGAGCUCGAGGACAUGACCGCUGCCGCAAGGGCAGAGCAGAGGAGCAACGCAGCAGCUUCUACACUAGGCGGCCGGAACCGCUCUGAAGGGCAGGAGCUUGGUGGCGGCUCUGUUACUGCGAGCGAGAGCGAGUAUAAUGGUUAUGACAAUUGGUCUCAUGGAAAUAUGGACUCUUCACAAAGACCAGGGGAGGUUGAGGAGGAUGAUCACAGGUCAAGUCGGGAGCAGUCUCCUGACCUUGGCGAAGAUGCAAGGGAGAGGGUGCGGCAGAUUGUUCGUGGAUGGAUGACGGAGAGUGGGAUUGGAGACAAUGAAUCCAGAAUGUCACCUCGGACCGAGACCCAGAGAGCAGAAUGGCUUGGGGAGGUAGAAAGGGAGAGGGUGAGAUUGGUGAGAGAGUGGAUGCAGAUGACCAGCCAGCAGCAGAGAGAUGCCCGUGCUCGCAGGAGGGAGGAGAGGGAGAGGGGGAGGGAAAGGGAUGAGUCUGCUACAGAUCAUGAGGAUGGCCAGCCAGAGCAUGUCAGACGAGAGUUGUUGAGGCUAAGAGGCAGGCAGGCUAGGCUUGAGCUUAUCAUGAGGAUGGCAGCUGAGAGGCAGAGGGAGAUCCAGACAUUGUCAGAACAUCGGGCAGUUUCAGAGUUCACUCACCGUAAUCGCAUUCAAUCACUACUGAGAGGAAGAUUUUUAAGAAAUGGCUUACCAGCACAAGAUGAUCAGGAGAGGCCACCUUCAGCAGCAGAAAGGGAGUUAGGUCAGCUAAGACAACAUCACCGUGUCUCUGGUCUACGGGAGGGGUUUCGGUUCCGACUAGAGAAUAUUGUUCGUGGUCAAGCAAUCAGCCAUCCUGAUACUUCAGCAAAUCAAAGCGUUUUUGUGACUGAUCAAUCUGAAGCAAGCACUGUAGCAGAGUUACUGAAUGACAACCAUGAAGAGGCCCAAACUAGAAGUGAGGAUAUUAAUGUUCUGCAAACAAUAGAGUCACGGGAAACACCUGAGUUAGACAGUGGUAGUCGUAAUGAUACUCUCGACAUGCAAGAAUAUGCUACUGAGGUAAUAGGACAGCAAGAAGAGAAUAGAGAACGUGAGAGGGGAGGCUGGGAACCAAAUGCAGAUGGUGGUUUUGGUGAUUGGCAUGAAGAAACUGAGGAAGGAUUUAAUGGGAACCUGCAGGAAAACAUGGAUCAGGAUUGGCCCUAUCAAACGACGGCAGGGUAUGAUGUUGGAGAAGAUAGUCGUAUGCCAGAAGUUCACGAAGAAUGGCAUGAGGAUGAACCUCCUGAUGCUGCAGAAACUUGGCAGGAUGAACUUCAGUCAGAUCCUCCGAUAGAUCGAAGGUCCAGUCCAAUUAGAAGAGGUAAUAGAUUUAUUCCACCUGAUGAUGAAAAUGUAUACAGCAUGGAGCUCAGGGAACUCCUUAGCAGGAGAAGUGUUUCUAACCUUCUUCAUAGUGGGUUUCGUGAAAGUUUAGAUCAAUUGAUACAAUCCUAUGUUCAACGACAAGGUAGGACCCCAUUUGAUUGGGAUCUGCAGAGACCACUGCCUACCCCUAAUCCAGGGGACAAUCAAGACCAACGAGGGUAUGAUCCAAAUCAGAACAUUCAGGAUCCUGUUGCUAGGCGGAAUAAUGUGUUCCCACCUCCACCCUUGCCGCCUCGACCACCACUGUGGCACUCAGAUCUGCAUCACAACAAUUGGGCCAGGCAAAAUAUGCAUCGUUCAGAAAUUGAGUGGGAUGCUAUUAAUGACCUUAGGACAGAAAUGGCUAGGCUGCAACAGGGGAUGAGUAAUAUGCAGAGAAUGCUCGAGGCUUGCUUGGAUAUGCAAGUCGAGUUACAACGUGCAAUUAGACAAGAAGUAUCUGCAGCUUUGAAUCGAACUGAUGGAGGGCUCACCGGGGAAUCAUCGGAGGAUGGUAGCAAGUGGGAUCAAGUAAGGAAAGGGACAUGUUGCGUUUGUUGCGAUAAUCAUAUUGAUUCUCUCCUCUACAGAUGUGGGCACAUGUGUACUUGUUCCAAGUGUGCCAGUGAGUUGGUUCGAAGUGGAGGCAAGUGUCCAUUGUGCCGUGCGCCAAUCGUUGAGGUGGUCCGGGCCUAUUCAGUGCUGUAAGGUCUCGGAAUCUUGACAUGACCAAAACGGGGGGAAGCAAAGGCUGCUGGGUGUCACAUUUUGAGUGGUAAUUGUUAAUAAGUGUCGAGUUUUGUGUUGUUAACCUUUGUUUCUUCAAAAUAUUUUUCUUUUUUCUUGGGUGGUGGUGUCUUGGAGCAGCAAAAAGAAAAGAAAAAAACAAAAAAGAAAAGGAAAAGGUAUCGAGUGGACUGAUUGAUUGGCACCGUGGAUGCACUUUUGAUGGUGAAAUUGAAAUUUAUCAAUGUGAUUCUUUGGUUGUAAUUGUGUUUA